AAAGCUCCAACGCGGCAUGGUGAACAAGAUGAUAGCCCGAAAUGGGCUACAGUGUCGUUUCCCGAUUAUCCAGAUUAUGCACAAGAACUUCUCCCGAUAGAUAAGCUGAUGACAGAAGGAGGAGAUCAUGGGAAGAAGAAGGAGAUAGGAGCUAAGUACUCAGCAUUUUAUAUGUUGGAAGGACAGAAUAAGGAAUACUCUGUUAUCGUCGACAAACUAAUUUCUGGUGAUGCAGGGGACAAAAAGAGAGAGAUGGAACGUAUCGCUGGAUUAGUCCACAGCGACCGGACGAAAAAGGACAAUCUGACAAGAAAGGUUGGAUCAAAAAGGAAAGCAGAAAAGAACCCUAAGAAGACAGAUAGGAACAGUAAACGAUCAUUUAAAUCCGCCAAGGAUGUGGAAAGAUGUAUCUACGGUUCAGCUGGUAAAGCUAAAGAGGGAUCCACGCCGAAUCCUAAAAGACCCGCCCCUGAAGCAGUUGACAUGCCGGUUUCAGUUAAUGUGAUACCUGACAGUCCCCAGGCAGACAGAACCGCACCUGCCCCCUCUGAACACAUGUACUUACCAAGCUCAAGGAGGUCACAAAGAUCAAGAGUUAGAGACACAACCAGGUUCAGUCCAUACAGCCAGAGGUUCUCGGCGGAUUCACUGCGAGAUCUUUCACCUUAUCUCUGGGUGUCAAUUGAAAAGUUGAUAGGAGAUAAGGUGAAAGAGGCUGUCAAAGAGCAGGCAGCCUCAAUCGAACUGCUAAAGGAGGAAUUGCACAUUGUUCGAUUGGAGCUGAAAGAAGAGAAGGCUAAAAGACGCAGACUCACCAGGACAGCAUGCAACCCAUCGUCUCCUGACAUACCAAGAGGAUGGACUGGUCCUCGUCCUGUCGGAGACAGAGGAAAGUUCAGGCAAGAUCAAUACAACCUGGGGGCUGAUCCUGACCUUGUGAGGGACAUCAAAGAGAAGAUUGAGAGCGUUCGUCAUCCAGGCAAGGAUAAAAACUGGCAUAUGAACAAAGCCAGGGAGAUCAUCAAGGUGCAUGUCCUGAUUCCUGCCAUACACAACUUAGAGCCAGCGGACAUGACAUUCGCGGGACUCGGCAGUGUCGAGGGUUUGAACAACCUCCCAACCAAACUGAUGGGCAGUUCAACCCAGGCACUGUCGAGGAUAUUCCCCUCAAAAACAUUCCAGCAAAAUAGGGAAAUUGUCCUGGAUGCCCUCACCGUCCUCCGGAGGGAAGCAAGAAAGGGCAAGAAAGCUUUGAAGCUUCUCACUGACAAUUUGGAAAGAAAAACUUUGGGUGCUCCCCGCCACCCUGAAGCUCUCGUUGCAGCCCAGUAG